GUAGUGAACAGUCGAAAUAAACAUCUGAGAAGGUUCCGCGAGAAAAGACUUUAAAAUGUGAAAUUUAAGCUCACCAUGUCGCUGAAAACUCGCAGAAGAGGAAAAGUGAAGACUUUAUUUUGGUCAAGGUUCUCCAUUGUGGCCGCUGAAACGAUGCAAACAGAGUGUUUAAGGAGUGUUGUGUGAUGAUCGCUGACAGUUUCUUCCACUGUGUGUCAGAUUUACCGAGCUGCUUCUUUCCAGGGAACAAAUCUGGAUUUCUGCCCAGUCCUCCCUCUGUUUGCUGUGAAAUGACCUGAUCCGAGUUCACUGGGUUUGUUACCUGAUGACAAUGGCCCGAAUAGCCUGGUAUCAAGAGAAGAUUGGGGCCUAUGAUCAACAAGUUUGGGAGAAAUCACUGGAGAAGGCAGACUUAAAUGGUUUGGAUAGCAAACCAAAGAAGACAGGUCACAUUAAGCCAGACCUCAUCGAUGUUGACUUAGUAAGAGGAUCAACAUUUAGUAAAGCCAAACCAGAGAGUCCAUGGACGGCUCUGACUCGGAAGGGCCUGGUCCGAGUGCUGCUGUUCCCGUUCUUCUUCCAGUGGUGGAUCCAUGUCACAUCCAAAUCUAUCUCCUCAUGCAUACUCAUGCUGUACUUCAUGCAAGUGGCAUCAGCGGUGCUGUACUUGGAGGUCCCUGGGGCGAGCGCCAACGAGGUGUUUGGACCCAUGUGUCUCAUGCUGCUGCUGGGUACCGUGCACUGCCAGAUUGUGUCGACUGAGUCCAGCCGGUGGCCCUCAGGCAGUCCAGCUGCCGGCAGCACCACCACCAGCCCCGGGCGCAGAAGGAGGCCACGGAAAAGCAGAGGGUUGAAAAAAUCUGAGGAGAAGACUGACAGCGGGGACACGGAGCUGCAGGGGCCCUGGCAGUUUGAAGAAAGCCAACGAUCAUACAGACAGGAGGAGGGGAGGAACAAAAGAAAAUCGGGGUUUGGGGCAUCAGACGAGCUUUCCAGCGAGGAAGAGGAAAGCGUACAGCCGGUGGAAAUUAUUCGAUCACCAGCACUUCAUGAGAGACGCCCCGCUAAAGACUGGCCAACAUCUACACUAAUGCCUUCUGUCAGGAAGAGAAACCUGAAGACGAGCCCCAAACCCACACCCAGGCCCCAGGAAGGAGGCGGAACUCCCACUAAGGUGAAGCCACGUGAGGUGGAUCGGCUCAGGCCAAACGUGGGCUCCCGUCCUGCCUCAGACACUGACGACACCAUGUGGGAGGAGCUCCUCCAAGGACCAGACUCUCCCUCCACAGGAAGCAGUGACAGCGAGGAAAACGGGAGGUUCAACGCCGGGAUCACGGCCCACCAGCAAACCACGGCUGUGAGCAGCGACGAUGAAAGCCUGCAACAAGGAAUCACUGGAAGCCAGUUGUCCUGGCUGCAGGCAUGUCAUCCGUCCAAGGACCGUGUCAGCGCCAUCAUAUGGGAGCAGGGCGAAUGCAAGAAAGCAGACAUGUCAGUGCUGGAGAUCAGCGGGAUCAUCCUCACACGGGUGAAGCUGGUGGAGCAGGGGAUGGGUUACUUGGCCUUCGGUGGCCUCAUGUCCGCCUCCCUGGCUCUGCUCCCCUUCGCCUUCCGUUUGGCUCAGCGUCUGGACGUGUCGAGCGUCGGCUCCCUCUCCCUCACGGAGCUGGUGGAAAUGGCGGUGGGGCCACGUGAUGCGCAGGCCUACGCCUUCUUCCUGUUGACCACCGUGCAGAGAGUCUGCCUCUCGGGGCUGUUCUUCUUCAUGAUGUGUGUGGCAGAGAGGACGUACAAACAGAGGCUCCUGUUUGCCAAGUACUUCAGCCACAUCACAUCAGCUCGCAAGGCCAAGAAAUCAGAGAUCCCUCAUUUCAGGCUGAAGAAAGUACAGAACAUAAAAAUGUGGUUAUCACUUCGCUCUUUUCUCAGGAGACGAGGCCCGCAGCGAUCCGUUGACGUCAUUGUUUCCACUAUCUUCCUUUUGGCACUUUCCAUUUCAUUCAUCAUCUGCGCCCAGCUUCUGCACAGCCACCAGACAUUCCUCCAGUCGCUGACGAAUUGGGAGCUGAUGGUGUGGGCCUCCUCCCUCGUCCUCUUUUUGUUACGACUAGCCACGCUGGGCUCAGAGACCAACUGCAAAUACAGCAACUCCUCCGUGCUCCUCACCGAGCAGAUAAAUUUAUAUCUCAAGAUGGAGAAAAAACCCAAUAAAAAAGAGGAGCUCAGUAUUGUGAACAAUGUUUUGAAACUCGCUACAAAACUGAUGAAGGAGCUGGAUACUCCUUUCAGAUUGCUUGGUUUAACAGUGAACCCUCUGAUCUAUAACAUCACCAGAGUGGUCAUCCUGUCUGCAGUGUCCGCAGUGGUCAGCGACCUGCUUGGGUUCAACAUCAGACUGUGGAAAAUCAAGUCUUAAUGUGAAAAGAAGACGAACAGCAGUCACACACUGGACACAAGAUACUGCUGGCCAUCUGCUGCAGACAGUCACUGCGCUAUGAAGUGUGCAAACCUACUGAUUGAGUAUUUUGUGGAAACGUCUUUCUGGAUUGUGUCGGUCCUUCACAAGCCCGAGAAGCUCUGACAAUCACUGACUGGCAGCACAGCUGACUUGGCAACGCACAGUUUCCAUCAGCUGCAUUACUGACCCAGUGCCUCACCUGCGACCUGCGAAUGUCCUUCUGCAACCGGUUAAAAAUAGCAACUUCAUUGCCACAGUACUUUUUUUUUGUUUUGUUUGUAACGGGUGUUUAUUCCCAGGCUGGUCUGUAACCUCUGCACACUCGUUAUUCACUGCGUUGUGUUGGAUGUGAUGUUUCUGACCGAAGGCUCAGACAAACCACUGCAGCAACUGGUUGACAUUUAUUCCGUGCAUCUGCUCUCAGCCGGACUCCCCGCGAACUGUUGAAUUGACAAAAUAAAAUAAAUCUUUUGCACAUGCAGCAGACAAAGCAAGCCGAAAAUCUCUUGUAGGCAGGUAGACAGACACACAACACCUUUUUUUUUUAAACACAACGCUACAUAUUAAAAAAAAAAAAAAGGCAAGGGAAAACACUCCCACUUGCACUCUACACCAUUCACACGAUAUAAAUCAUAAAAUAAAAGUUAAAAUGUUACAGCAAAAUUAACACACACCUGCUCUCAGCCGGACUCCCGCGCGCUAAGAGCCGCGCUGCAUGACGGUGACCAUGGAGCGAUUUCUUAAAGGGACAGUACAGGUGCGUGUAGAGCAAUAAAAGAACGUGCACAGACUGAGAGCAACAACAGCUCUCACAAUUAAUCUGGAUUUGGUGGAAUUUCAUAACAAUAAAAAAAAAACAACUAUUGACAUUAUUAAUCCGGUUACAUGUUGUAUCCAAAUGUACAAAUAUACAGACAUGUGGACACACAAGGCAUUGUACAUAAUUUCUUCAUUUUGUAUUCACUAUCUUAUGAAAACCAGUGUGCUGUCUAAAGCCGAUGAAUCUAAAGAGGGUGACUACAUGUUUCCAUUAAAUCGGAUUUCAAACUUUUUUUUUUACUAUUUAUCAAGGAGGAUUGUGGUUGUUUAAUUUGCUUUAUUUAUUCGUGGGAUCUAUUUUAGCACUUGCUCUUCGAGUUUUAAUUAAAUCAAAUGGAUCUGUUACCACCAAGUAUCUGUACCUUUUUGCAUUGGGGACCACUGUCAUCAAAAUAGCUAUGCAAAAAUGGCUGGUUAUGUUAAUUUGAAAAUAUGUGAAAGAGAUGAAUAAAACGGUUUUUAUUGUUGAUUGCA